UCAGAGGAAGCUGCUUUAAGAGAGAGAGAGAGAGAGAGAGAGAGAGAGAGAGAGAGAGAGAGAGAGAGAGAGAGAGAGAGAGAGAGAGACAGAGAGACAGAGAGACAGGGAGACAGAGAGACAGAGAGACAGAGAGACAGGGAGACAGGGAGACAGGGAGACAGAGACAGAGACAGAGACAGAUCAUCAGAUGACGCUGCUUUAAUAGACACCAUCAGAUGAAGCUACUUCAAUACACAGGACUGGUCGUGACGUCACGGCUGGUGGAGCGCGGCGGUCCUGAGGAGCCUCGCGCCGCUCCUCACUCCAACCGCCGCGCAUCACUGACCCUGUCUCCGCUCCCCGGUCCCGUUCCCCUCACCGAAACACACGACCCCGCCACCCCGGGAACUAACUCAACACUUCAGCUCUCCCACCGCAGCACCAGGACGCACUUCAGUCUAACGCGGUAUGGAGUCCGGAGGGAGGCUGGCCUCUUCCCCGGGCCCCCCCGCCCCGGCCCAGACCCCCUCUGAGGGCGGGCCGCCCCCCGGAGACCCCCCCUGCGGUCCUUUGUUCCAGAUGGCCGACCAGCCCUUCAGCCUGUCCGGGGGCUCCGGCACCUUCCCGUUCCUCGGCCACCCCGCCUUCGGCCUGUUCGCCGCCGCCGCCGCCGCCGCCGCCACCGCCGCCGCCACCGCCGCCGGCUCCGGCUCCGGACGCUCCGAGUUCGGAGGCCUGGGGACCCUGGGCGUGUCCGCUGCCCUUGGGGCCCAUCCUCAGCUGGGGGCCUUCCCAGACUGGUGGCGAGCCUCGGAGACCCGCGGCCUCAGCGCCCUCUUCCACCCCCUGCUGGGGCUGCCCCCCCUGUUCCACCCCCCCUUCCACAACCACCACGCCUUCCAGCUCGGCCCCGCCCCAAACGACCGCUCUGCCGCCGCCACCGCUGCUGCUAAAGGAACCAGGAGAGCUGUGAACGGGGAGGCGGUCCGAUCCCCCCCGGCUGGGAACGGGGCCCCUCACCGGGCCCCUCACCGGGCCCCCGCCCAGCGGGCCCUCUCCCUGGAGAGGAGCAGAGCCACCAGGAGCAGCCCGGGGGCUCCGGAGCAGCAGAGCCCGCAGAGAGAGCAGGCGUUGAGCCCCAGCCCGCCAGAGUGCGGCAGCCAAUCGGCUUCCUCCUUGGAGAGCUCCAGUGACGAUGGAGUGAGCAGCAGCGACCUGGACGACGAAGACGACGAGGAAGAGGACGAGGAGCUGUCCAGCGACAGCGACGACUCUGAGGACGCUCGAGGGAAGCUGAAGCCCCCCGCUCAGGGGCCGACCCCGGAGAGGAAGAGGAAGAGGGCGUCUGAAGGGGAGGAGGCGCGCGGCAGGAAGAGGUCUUCCUCCUCCUCCCACCCCCAGUCUUCCUCCCUGGCCACCACAGCGCUCCGCCCCCGGACGAGGGGGGGGGGGGAGGAGGAGGAGGGGGAGGAGCCCACGCAGCACACCAGUGUUAUCCAGACCACCGUAUUGGCCGCCGGUCACCAGCCUCCAGCGAUGGUUCCGGCCCCCCACAGAGAGACCUCUGCCGGACCCCCGUCCUCCCACUGCUCCUCCCCCAUGCACUCCUCCUCGCCCAAGUCCCCGUCUCACCCCUCGUCCCCCACGCCUCCCUCGGUCCCCGCCUCCCCCUCACACAGACCCAGGGCUCUGACCCAGCUCACCCAGCCCCCCAGGGGGGGCAGCAGAGCCUGCCCCCGCGACGCCUCCCUCCAGGCCUCCACCCUGCAGCAGCCCUUCCUCCCCCAGGGCUCCUUCAGGCGGGCCCCCCCGGGCUCCCACAGAGGUCUGAGGAGGCGGCCUUCGUCUCCGCCCCCCUCCCCCUGGAGCCACACCAACCUGUUCCUGAGUGCGCUGACCAACGGGGCCCUGCCGUCCCCGCUGGACGUCCAGGACGCCCCCCUGGCCCUCACCACCCGGGCCCGCGCGCCGGAGCCCCUUCCCCUGCCGGUGGACCUCUGCACCGGGGCCCGGAGGCCCCCCCCCUCCUCCGCCGCGGCCCACGGGCCCACCAGGGGCGAGCGCUCAGCUCCCUCUGACGCAGCCCUCAGGAGCACGGAGUCGGACAUCAGCAGCAGCAAGGACUCAGAAGACUCCCUGGAGGACGAAGAGGAGGACGAAGAGGAUGACGAGGAGGAGGACGGCAGCCUGUCGGACAGCAGUCUGGAGAGCGACUCGGACGUCUCGGAGGACGACCCCCCGGAUCGGGGGGGGGCGGAGGCGGACGCGGAGGGACCCCCUCCCACACUGAGGCGCUCCCUGUUCUGUCCCUCCUCCUCCUCCAGCUUCUCCCCCCUCAACCUCCAGCUCUCCAGGCCCCGCGACCCGCUGCCCCGGGCCCUGGAGGGCCCCACCACGGGGCCCCCUGCUGGCGCUCUGCCCUACGGCCCCCCCCCCACCUCCUCCACCUCCUCCACCGCUCCUGGAACAGGGAGGAGGAGGAGGGUGACUGACGAGCAGGUCCUCAGAGUUCCCCUUCAGUUCGGGUGGCAGAGGGAGACCCGUAUCCAGGCGCUGGGGGGCCGUCUGCAGGGAGAGGUGUCCUACUACGCCCCCUGUGGCAAGAAGCUGCGCCAGUACCCAGACGUCAUGAAGUACCUCUCCAGGAACGGGAUAACGCAGAUCACACGAGACAACUUCAGCUUCAGCACCAAGAUCAGAGUGGGAGACUUCUACCAAGGGAGGGAAGGACCACAGGGCUCCCAGUGGUUCCUGCUGGGGGAGGAGCAGGUUGCUCCAUGCAUCGUGGCCAUGGACGGGAGGCGGAGUCGGCAGGGCCCGGGGCCACCCCCCCGCCAACCCCCCCGCCACGGAGACAACGACAUCCAGGACGCCAGCGGACUAAAACUGCUACGCAAACUAGAAGCCCAAGAGAUCGCUCGGCAGGCCACUCAGAUCAAGGAGAUGAGGAAGCUGGAGAGGCUGGCGGUAGCCCGGGCAGCCAAGGAGGCCCGGAGACAGCAAGCGGUCCUGGCUGGAGAGGAGAGGAGGAAGAGGAAGGAGCAGAUGAAGAUUCAGAAGCAGCAGGAGAAGAUGCAGCGUGUGCAGCAGAUUCGGGCGGAGAAGGAGAUGCGUGCUCAGCACAUUCUGGAGGAGAAGGAGGUGCGGAGACAGCAGGCCGUGGUACUGAAGCACCAGGAGUUGGAGAGGCAUAGACUAGAUAUGGAGAGGGAGAGACGCAGGCAGCAUCUCAUGCUCAUGAAGGCGUUGGAGGCUCGCAAGAAAGUGGAGGAGCGGGAGCGUGUGAAGCAGGAGAAGAAGGAUGAGAAGCGUCUGAACAAGGAGAGGAGGCUGGAGCUGAAGAGACUGGAGCUGGAGAAGGCCAAGGAGCUGAAGAAGCCCAACGAGGACAUGUGCCUCUCCGACCAUAAGAGCCUCCCGGAGCUGUCUCGUCUCCCCGGCCUGCCCCCUCCCGGCGCCGGCCCCUCCGACCUCCUGAUGGUGGUUCAGUUCCUGCACAGCUUCUCCGGGGUGCUGGGGCUGGACGGGCCCCCCCCGUCCCCCCGCCUGCUGAGGGAGGGGCUCCUGAACCGGGCCCCCGCCGCCGCCCGCGUCUCCGCCCUCCUGGUCAGCCUCCUGGCGGCCGCCGUGCGCGACCCGGGGCUCCCGGCCGGCCACAGGACCAAGACCCUGCUGGGGGAGCCCCUGGGCAGCGUGCGGCUGACGGGGGACAGUGUGUCGGAGGUCCUGCAGAUGUUCCUGGAGGCCCACGGGGAGCAGCCGGAGCUGGCCCUCCGCCUCAGGACCACACCCUUCAGGGCGCUGCACCCCGCCCACAAGGCCACCCUGCUGGCCGCGCUGGUCAACGAGCUCUGCUGCAGCAAGGCCGUGGUCAGUGAGAUCGACAGAACCAUCGACUCCAUGACCGGCCUGAGGAAGGACAAGUGGCGCAUCGAAGGACGGCUGCGCAAGCUGCGGAGCGCCCACGCCCGGCUGACGGGCAGGAAGGAGGGGGAGGGGCCGGCGGCAGGGGAGGGGGAGGGGCCGGGGGAGGGGCCAGCGGCGGGGGGGGCGGCCGCCGGACGGAGACCCAGGAGGAGAGAAGGAGACAGCGAGGAGGAAGAGGAGGACGACGACGACAGCGAGGAGCAGGGAGAUGAGGAGGAGGACGAAGAGGAGGAGAGCAGAGGAGGAGGAGGAGGAGGGAGGAAGGGGAGGAGGCUCUGUGAGGAAGAGGACGUCAGCCUCCUGUCAGCCACUGUGGAGGAGCUGGAGAAGCAGAUUGAGAAGUUAUCCAAACAACAGAGUCAGAUCCGGAGGAAGCUGUUUGACUCCUCCCACUCGCUGCGCUCCACGCCCUACGGCCAGGACCGCUACUGCCGCCGCUACUGGCUGCUGCCCCCCUGCGGAGGGCUGCUGCUGGAGGCCCCGGGGCCCGCAGACGGGUGUGUGGAGCUGAACGAGGAGGGAGAGAGAGGGUCCAGCCUUCAGGGGUUAAAGGUGAAGGAGGAGGAGGAGCCAGCCAUCAGCCCCGCCCCUCCGGAUCUCCUGCAGGCCCCGCCCCCCCAGAACCUCUUCCUGCUGAAGCCGUCCUCCCUCUCCAAGCUCAGCACGCUGCUGGAGGCCGGAGACCCCCCGGGGGUCCUGGCGGGGGUCCCGUCAGAACCUGGGACCCGCGCCCCUGUAGGACGCCCCCCGGGGGUCCCGUUGGACCCCCCGGCGGAGCAGCUGCUCAGGGCCCUGACGGAGCGCGGCGCCCAGUGGUUCAGCCUGCUGCCCCGCUCCGCCUGCGACCACGCCUCCGUCACCUCCAGCAGCCCCCGGGACGCCUCGCCGCCCUGCCUCUCCCCCCAGCCCCCUGCCCUCACAGACCCCCCCCAGCCCCCCGCCCUCACAGACCCCCCCCAGCCCCCCGCCCUCACUGACCCCCCUGGGGCCAGCAGCCUGCAGCUCUCUGCCCUCCAGGGGGGCGGGGCCUACGCAGGGCUGCCUUUCUUCCCGCCCUUCGGGCCCCUCCCCCCCCUGCUGGCGCUGGCCUAUCAGCAGCAGUACGAGGUCGGCGGGACCAGCAACCCCUUCCUGGUCCACGCCCCCCCGGCCCAGACCUCCAAUCUGACCCUGCCCAAACCCCCCGCCACCACCGCCCCGGAGACCACCAGGACGCUGGACUACCCGGAGCCCAGAGCCAUCCCCGAGGACAUGGCGUGGGGCUGGUGGAGGGUGCGGGGCGUGGAGGAGCUGCGGGGGGUCGUGGCUGCGCUGCACAGCCGGGGGGUCCGAGAGAGGAGUCUGCAGAAACAGAUCCAGAAGAACAUGGAGUACCUGAGCCUAGCCUGGACCGGGACCUCGGAGGAGGCGUGGCCCCUGGAGGAGCAGGCGCUGGGCGGGGGGGAGCAAUGGUGUGUGGAGCAGCAGGCCAUGGAGGUGGACCUCAGCCUGCUGCAGCAGGUGGAGCACCUGGAGAGGAAGGUGUUCUCAGGGGGCCUGCAGAGCAAGGGAUGGCGACCCCCUGCGGUCCAGUCUGGGCGGGGGGACCUGGUCUACCACGAGCACCGAGGCGGUGUGGCGAGGAGGGCCGACAACCCGCUGGACAUAGCAGUGCUACGGCUGGGGGAGCUGGAGGCCCACAUAGAGAGGAGUGAGGAGGCGGCCCCAGGCAUGAGGCUGUGGGGGCGGGCCCUGGCCGAGGUGCGUAGCUCCGCCCAGCUCUCCCUCUGCGUCCAGCAGCUGCAGAAGAGCCUGACCUGGGAGGGGGCCAUCAUGAAGGCUUGCUGCCAGCUGUGCGGCCGAGGGGACAACGAGGAUCUGCUGCUGCUGUGUGACGGCUGCGACCGUGGCCUCCACACCUACUGCCUCCGCCCCCGCAUCACCGCCAUCCCCGAGGGGGACUGGUUCUGCCCCGCCUGCCUCCCACUGGGCAGCACCCUGACCCCUCAGGAGCAGAGCCCAGCUGGGAACGUUGGGGCCGGAGAGACCGGAGAGACCGCCGAGGCCGGAGAGACCGGGGAGACCGGGGUCAGCGGGCCGAUCCGUCCCCGGCGGGGGGCUGCCACAGCGGGGGAGGGCUCUGAGGACGAGGCCCCCAGCCCGGCUAGCAGUAGCAUCAGCAGCAGCACUAGCGUUAGCACCAGCAGCAGCACUAGCGUUAGCACCAGCAGCAGCACUAGCGUUAGCACCAGCAGCAGCACUAGGAACGGCAGGAAGGAGAGCAGGAAGAGGCGGGCUGAGGAGGACGGCUCAGCAGGAAGCCAGCAGGAAAGCCCCGCCCCCUGGGGCAGGAAGGGCAGGACGGCCAAUGACAACAAAGACAACGGGACCACGGACCUGUCCGCAUGCAGGGUGCUCCUGGGGGAGUUGGAGGCCCAUCAGGACGCAUGGCCCUUCCUGCUGCCGGUGGACCAGCGGUCGGUCCCGGGCUACAGGAAGGUGAUCAGGAGGCCCAUGGACCUGAGCACCAUCAGAGGGAGGGUCAGCUCCAACCAGUACCCAGACCCUGAGGCCUUCCUCUCUGACCUGGCUCUGGUUCUUGAUAACUGUGAGCGGUUCAAUGAGGACCGCUCUGAGAUCGGCCGUGCCGGACUCCGGCUGAGGAGCUUCCUGGAGCGGCGCUGGGCCCAGCUGCUGCAGCAGAGCCUGUAGAACCUCUGGAACCUCCUGGAACCUUCUGGAACCUACUGGAACCUUCUAGAACCUUCUGGAACCUUCUGGAACCUUCUAGAACCUUCUGGAACCUCUGGAACCUUCUGGAACCUCCUGCUCUCCGCCGCUGGCCGGACCGCGCCCCGCCCCCCACCGCUCCGGCCAGCGGACCCCCACGUCUCCCUGGAGAUGAACCUCUAGAACCUCCUGAAUGUAUUUCCUGUUUGGACUAUUUAUAUCCUCUUUUGUUGUGUAAGAAAAUGGAGGCGAAGGCGAACGUCACGGAAAACUACAAACAAGAUGGAGGCUGAAGUUUUUUGAGCAACAAGACAAUAAAAGUGUACAGCUCUCUGGUGCUCAGUGUGAGUGUGAGUGUGAGAGAGAGACUGUUUCUGAUACUCUGGUAUAUAUAUUAAUAUUGUGUAUUUGCUUCCAGCAGCUUCAUAAAGGAUGAUUCGGUGAACACAAGA